AAGCGGGCAUCGAUUGAUUGGAACAUGUUAUUAUACACUACUAGGGGAUGGGAUCACCGAGAUGGAGGGAACGUCAACCUGGAGCGAGAACAGUAGAUGAGGGCCGAUCAUGGAUGUGAAUACAGAAGCCGAACCCCCGGUCCUAGGGCCACCGAUCAUCAUCACUCGAUCUCGAGAUGAAGAGGAUGGCGAUAAGGCACCAUCACAUGGAAUAGCAAAGACAUCGAUGGAUAGGGAGACCAAGCGGGACUCACUCGAUGUACCAGUACGACGUUCCAGUCAUCGUCAUCGAAGAUCUAUCGAGGCUCCGAAGAGGACAUCUUCGCUAGCACAGAGUCCGGUACAAGCCGCUGAGCAGCCUCCCGUAGUGUCAAAGGUUGAGGAACAACCAGAGCAAUCUGAGGCGGAGACAAGGAUCGAUGGGGCACUUUUGAAGCUGCCCCCGCCCCCACCUUUCGACCUGCUGGUUAACAAUCUAUGUGUUGGCAUUCCGCACAAGAAGGCAUCAAAGUGGUUACACAAGAAACCGAAAUCCGACGAAGCGCCGAAGAAGCAGUUUAUCCUGCAGGAGAUCAACAGUGCCUGCCAAUCUGGACAAGUACUUGCAAUUCUCGGUGGCUCAGGCUCAGGUAAGACCACUCUACUGAAUGCUAUUGCACAUCGACUCGCCGGGUUGCCCAUCACGGAAGGUCAGGUGGUUUUUCAACGCACUCGCACAGCGUCUCCCUCCACACUGAGUGGAUCCGAGAUCAAACGUCGGAUCGGCUUCGUCAGACAGCAAGAUCACCUAGUGGAGUGCUUGACGGUUCGAGAGACACUGUCGUACGCUGCCCGGCUAAGGUUGCCAAAGUCAUUGGACGAGGAGGUUAUCUCACUCAUUGUCGAGGAGACCAUCGAUGAGUUGGGUCUGCGAGAUGCAGCCGACACAGUGGUCGGAGGACCUCUACGAAAAGGAAUAUCCGGCGGGGAGAAGAGACGACUCAGUAUUGGAUGUGUCCUCGUCACUCUGCCAAGUGUCUUGAUCUUAGAUGAACCGACUUCAGGACUGGACGCCUUCACCUCAUAUUUACUCUUGCAGACCUUGUCACAUCUCGCUAGGCGAGGUCGAACAAUUAUUCUAUCGAUUCAUGCGCCACGCAGUGAUGCCUUUCCGCUGUUCGAUCGCAUCACCUUGCUGUCAAAAGGGGAGGUCGUAUACUCUGGCCUCCGAUCAUGUUGUUUGAGCUGGUUCAAAUCGCUGGGACACGAGGUGGACCAAGGCACGAAUCCGCUAGAUUUCCUCAUCGAUAUAUCAUCCGUGGAUAACCGGGAUCCUGAGAAAGAAGAGAUCUCUCUAGCGCGCGUCAGGAUAUUGAUAUCUGCGUGGAAGGAGAGACCAAAUGGCGACCCCCUCCAGCUUGAGAAAAGAUCCAUCUCGUCCGACGAGACGGAGAAUAGGCCGACGAAUGAACUCGAGCGAUUUGCCUCGAUCCAGUCGGAAGAUUCUCGUCGCGCAGGCUUCUUCCGGCAAACGGCCGUGUUGACCUCGAGAGCUCAUAAGAGUGUCUAUCGUAACUAUGUCCUACUAGUCGGCUUCUUGACUCAGGCCGUAGUGCUCGGUUUGGUCAUCGGGCUCAACUUUUAUCAGCUGCCAGCGACCCCGACCGGCAUUCAGAGUUUGAAGAAUCUGACGUUCCAAUUGAUUCCCGGUGUGUUCUACCUCACAUCUGUCUUUUGGAUCUACAAAUACUGUACCGAUCUGCUCAUCUUUGAUCGCGAGCGGGAAGACCACAUGUACAGUGUCGUUCCGUACAUCCUAUCCGAUUUCUUGUCCUUCUUGGUCCCAUCUGUUCUUUGGCCCACAAUCUAUAUUGUCCUGGUGUACUUCCUGGCUGGCCUGCGAAAGGAUCAGCUCGCCGCAAGACUCUUCACCAUGACAGCUUCGACUAUCUCGGUCCAAUUUGCCGUACAGGGCAUAUCUCUUCUCGCCGCAUCCAUCUUUCGAUCUUUUGCCGGUGCAUCAAUGGUUGGCAAUGCGCUCAACUUGUUUCAACUGGUCAGCGCUGGCUUCCUCGUUGUCCAUGUUCCCGCGUAUGUCAAGUGGGUUCGGUGGAUCUCCCCAUUCUUUUACUCGUUCCGAAUAGUUGCCACGAUACAAUUCAAAGACAGGCAAUUUGAUUGUCCGGCAGAGUCAGCUGCAAAUCUGAAUCAAUGCAACGGGAACAACGUCCUCAAUGGGUUCAAGUUCGAUGCGGGGGUCAACAUUGGCGCUUGGUUUGGCGGACUCCUCGGCUUGGCCAUCGCUUGGUACACACUCGCUUGUCUCGUCCUUUGGCUUUGGCCGUCUGGUGGCGUCAAGCAUGCUUCAGAGAUCGAAUCACACCAUCGAGGCAAGGGCACCGACGUCAUGGAGAGUCACAUGACGCGGGACCGUAUCGAUGUGGAGUUGCGAAAUCUCACAUUCGCUUGGGAACGGCAUGGUAGAGGCGUCGCCAAGAACAAGGAGAAGAUCAUCCUUGAUAACCUCUCCAUCCAGUUCCCCGCUGGUCAAAUCAGUGCGAUUCUAGGUCCAUCCGGAGCGGGCAAAUCGACCCUUCUCCAGCUGCUCGCCUCGCGCAUGCCGGCUAGCGCUCCCAUGUCAACGUUCAGAACGACCGGACAGAUCUUGAUGGCCGGACAGCCAGUGAACGCCAAGUCGAAAUCCAACGUGGCGUUUGUGGAGCAAGAUGACGAUUGGCAUCUCCCGUCAUUGACUGUACGGGAGACCUUGCGCUAUGCUGCGAUACUGCGAUUGCCUUCAAAAAUGUCCAAGGCGAGCAAGAUUGCUCGAGCGGAGACGGUGCUUCUCAUGCUAGGACUGAAAGAUUGUGCUGAUCUCCCGGUCGGAGGGGCUCUACUGAAAGGCAUCAGUGGAGGCGAAAAGAGGCGAUUGAGUCUGGCGGUGCAGAUGAUCAAUGAUCCGGCGGUACUGGUAGUGGACGAACCGACAAGCGGUCUGGAUAGCAGUAUCGCACUGAGUGUGAUGCAGGUGUUGCGGGACAUUGCAGCGACUGGACGGACCGUGAUAGCUACAAUCCACCAGCCACGAAGUGAUAUCUGGCGAUUGGCGGACAACGUCACCCUGUUAGCCAAAGGUGGUCGCCUUGCGUACACCGGCACACGCGCCGAUGCCAUACCCUACUUUGUCUCCAUCGGUCAUCCUAUGCCGUCUGAAUUUUUCAAUCCCGCAGACCACCUCCUCGAUUUGGUAUCCAUCGACCCGCGACCCGCAGCGUACCCCGCGUCCAACGAGCGUGUGAGGCAGCUUACAGAUCACUGGAAGCGAAUAGCCCAUACACCGGACGGCGGUGAAUCCGAAGGUCCGACUUUGGCUCGUGGGCACGGUAGCACGAGCAUGCGCGUCGCCCUACCUGUCGUUCUUGAGCGGCAUUGGAAGAAUCUUUGGCGGAGGAAAGAUGUCUUCUUCAAUCGUCUCGUCCAGACUCCGCUUCUCGCAGGCAUGUUCAUCCUUUUCUUCCAGCGUCUUAGUCAUGGUCCGAGUGGAGCUCAGGAUAGAAUUGGUCUGACCAUUGAGAAUACCACUGCUGCUGGGUUUGUUGGGCUCCUUAACGCCAUGGCGAUAUAUCCUGCCGAUCGAGAUUUGUAUUUGCACGAGGCAAAAUCCUCAGCAAGGUACUCGCCCGCCACGUUUGUCAUCGUAUGGACGAUUGUCGAGCUCGGUUUCGAGCUGCUCGGGGCUUUUGGUUACGCGGCGAUCAUCAACGUCGGCGCCGGCAUGCAAACCUCCGUGAGAAUCUUCUUCGAGUUCAGUUUGACCAUCUGGGCGUGCGUCAACCUCGGCGAGAGCUGGGCUAUGAUGUUUGGCGCGUGGAUACCGGCCGAGGGCUUGACCGUCGUGGUCGUCUCGACGCUACUGUCCAUCGCAGGUCAGAUCAGUGGCGUCAUCAGUCUGUCAGUCCCCACCUGGCUCAGCGCGAUCGCAUGGGCGACUCCCAUCAAAUCCGCGACCCGAGCUCAGAUUAUCAAUGAAGCGGUCGGCCUGAAAUUCUACUGUACACAAGAACAGCUGGCCUCGGGCGCUUGUGUAGCACAAAAUGGUGAACAACUCCUCGCUCUGUUCCACUGGUCAAAUCUGAAUACAUCGACAUUUAUGGGGUUGAUGGUGGGGAUCGCAGUCGCUUGGAGGAUAGUAGCCUGGGCAUCCAUUGCGGCAAGAGUCAGAGGGGUGCGUUAAAGGAAAGUGGAUCUCUGCAUGCAGGCAGCAUUUUUCACGGAGUGAAUCAGGAAGAGCUUUCGUCCAAGGGUGGUUGGUCUUGGCGAGCGUUCAGCAUGACAAUCCUGAUGAUGUAGGCGCCGCAUUGCAAUGUUCAGUUGCAGGUGAGAUGGAAAAUAUUUUUCUCCUCGUCACAGAUCUUCUCGGUGUGUGAAGCGAGG